AUGGCGAAUCAUUCUUCAAGAGAAAUCGCGACUGAAGUUAUUUCGCAUCAAGCCGCUGCGGAGUCUCUGCCAAGUAAGAACGGAUCGCCAGCAGAAAAGGUUCCUGAGAACGAUAUCAGCCAGCAAUCCGAAGAAUGGGUAGACGAGAAACCUCCAGAGGAUGUGCCGCCAGAUGGCGGCUAUGGAUGGGUGUGCGUAGCUUGUUCAGCAUGGAUUAACGGAAACACAUGGGGUGUUAAUAGCUCAUAUGCUGUCUUCUUAUCAUAUUACUUGUCCAAUGACAUUUUCCCCGACGCCAGCGACAUCACCUACGCUUUCACGGGCGGCCUAAGCAUGUCAUGUUGCCUCCUGAUCGCUCCCUUAGUAACACACAUGGUUCACCUUUUUGGCAAUCGACUCAUUCUCAACAUAGGAGCUGUGCUCCAAACAAUCUCGUUUAUCAGUGCCUCCUUUGCUAAACAGCAAUGGCAACUAUUUCUGAGCCAGGGUGUCUGUUUCGGGUUCGGUAUGGGCUUCCUGUUUAUUGGAUCCGUGGGCGUUACUUCGCAGUGGUUUCUCCGCAAACGAAGCAUUGCGACGUCCAUUGCAGCUGCAGGCUCCGGUGUUGGCGGAUUAACCUAUUCUCUCGCCACGGGCUCAAUGAUAUCCCGUUUCGGACUUGGGUGGACAUUUCGCAUCCUCGGUAUUAUCACAUUUGUGGUCAAUAUCAUCGCAGCCAAUCUGAUCCGAGACCGAAACAAAGCUACUAGAUCCCAAUACAAAGCGUUUCAUUUCCCUCUGCUCAAACGACCCGAAUUCCUCCUAUUACAGGCAUGGGGUUUCUUAAGCUUGCUAGGAUACGUCGUGAUACUCUUCAGCCUCCCCAACUUUGCACUAUCAAUCGGACUCACCGCACACCAAGGGAGUAUUGUUGGCGCCGUCCUUAACCUUGGACAAGGCCUUGGUCGCCCAAUUGUUGGUUUGCUCAGUGAUCGUUAUGGUCGUCUCAACAUAGCCACCAUUAUCUCACUUUUCUGUGGUGUAUUCUGCGUAGCCGUCUGGACCCCAACUCAGAGCAUGGGUCUGCUAUGUUUCUUUGCAAUCAUCGUGGGGACUGUAGCAGGCACAUUCUGGACCACGGUUGUUCCAGUGUGUGCUGAAGUUAUCGGUCUCCAAAUGCUCCCCAGCGGAUUGAGCAUUAUCUGGGUGCUCAUGGUUCCUCCCACGACUGUUUCGGAGCCAAUCGUAGUUCUCUUGAAAGAUGAUUCGAAGGGCAACCGUGCUUAUCUAUACGCCCAGAUUUUUGCAGGACUCGCAUAUAUUGUUGGUGCCUUAUGUUUGUCUGUCGUACGUAGCUGGAAAAUUGGCGAUAAUUUCGUUGCUGCAGAGAGAAAAGCGGCCGCGGAAGCCGCCAAUGCUGCGAAGGCGGUGAAAAUUAAUCCAAGCUCACAUCAUGCGACAGUUACUUCCACAGAUGAUAGAACCUGUAUACCUGGAGAGAAGCCUCAUCAAUCAAGCCAGCCGGCGCUGCCACCACGAGAAUCGUCCUCAGGCACUAUCACUCCUGCCUCUGACACGAGUGCAUGGAACCCUACCGUUCUUCUCUGCAGGAUGGUCACAUGGGAGCAUGUGUGA